GGUUUUGGGGUACAUGUGAAUAACAUGCAAGAGUGUUGCCUCGGUACACACACGGCAGGGUGAUUUGCUGCUUUCCUCCCCAUCACCUAAAUCUGGCAUUUCUCCCCAUGCUCUCUCUCCCCAACUCCCCACCCCUGCUGUCCCUCCCCUAUUUCCCCCCAACAGACCCCAGUGUGUGAUGCUCCCCUCCCUGUGUCCAUGUGUUCUCAUUGUUCAACAUCCACCUAUGAGUCAGAACAUGCGGUGUUUGAUUUUCUGUUCUUGUGUCAGUUUGCUGAGAAUGAUGGUUUCCAGGUUUAUCCUUGUCCCUACAAAGGACACGAACUCAUCGUUUUUUUAUGGCUGCAUAAUAUUCCAUGGUAUAUAUGUGCCGCAUUUUUGCUGUCCAGUCCAUCAUAGAUGGGCGUUUGGGUUGGUUCCAGGCCUUUGCGAUUGUAAACAGUGCUGCAGUGAACAUUCAUAUGUUAAAACCAGGUACCAUAAUCUCUCACCUGUUUGCUCUGUUUGUUCUGUUUGGGCAUAUUUCCACCUCCAGCCAUUAAAGGCAUUAAUCCGUUUUGAGUUUAUUUUUGUAUAUGGUGUUAGAUAAGGGUCACAUUUCAUUAUUCUUGUGGAUAUCCAGGUUCCCCAACAGUAUUUAAUGCAGAGACUAUUUUUUUCUCCAUUGUGUGUUCUUGGCAUCUUUAUAAAAAAUGAGUUGACCUUAAUGAAUGGGUUUAUUUCUCAUCUCUCUAUCCUGUUCCUCUGACCAAUGUGUCUGUUUUUAUGUCAGAACCACUCUGUUUUAGUUACCAUAGCUUUGUGAUCAAUUUCGAAGUCAGGUACUAUGAUGCCUUUAGCUUUAUAUUUUUGCUCAUGAUUGCUUUGGCUUUGGAGGUCUUUUGUAGUUCCAUUCAAAUUUUAGAAUUGUUUCUAUUUUUGUGAAAAUUUGAUGGGAUUGCAUUGAGUCUGAAGAUUGCUCUGGGUAAUAUGGAUACUUUAGCAAUAUUAAUUCUUCCAACCCAUGAACACUUGAUAACUCUGCAUUUAUUUAUGUUGACUAUAAUUUUUCAUCAAUGUUAUUGUUUUCCAUAUACAGAUUUUUCACUUCCUUGAUUAAAGUUACUCUUCAUUAUUUUGUUUAUGGCAUUGUGAAUGGGGUUGGUUUCUUAAUUUCUUUUUUAAGUACUUUGUUGUUUGUGCUAAGAAAUAUUACUGAGUUUUGUGUGCUAAUUUUGUACCCUACAGGGUGACUGAAUUUAUCAGUUUGAAUAGUUUUUCAGUGGACUUUGUUUUGUUUUAUUUUGAGACAGAGUCUUGCUCUGUCACUCAGGCUGGAGUGCUGUGGAGCAAUCUCAGCUCACUGCAGCCUCCGUCUCCCAGGCUCAAGCAAUUCUCUUGCCUCAGCCUCUGGAGCAGCUGGGAUUAUAGGCAUGUGCCACCGCACCCAGCUAAUUCUUGUCAUUUUAGUAGCAACAGGGUUUUACCAUGUUUCCCAGGCUGGUUUUGAGCUCCUGGCCUCAAGUGAUCCUCCCGUCUUGGCCUCCCAAAGUGCUGAGAUUACAGGUAUGAGCCACUACGCCUGGCCCUUUGAGGAUGUUCUGUGUGUUAGGUAAUGUCAUCAGCAAACAGAAACGGUUUCGCUUCUUUUUCUAUUUGAAUGCUAUUUAUUUCUCUUGCCUCAUUGCUCUGGCUAAACUUUUACAACUAUCUUGAAUUAAGUGCUGAGAGUGGUCAUUCUUGAAUUCCCUAUCUUAGAGGACAAACUUUCAACUUUUUACCAUUAAAAACAUCAUGAUGGCCCCGCCAGCUGAAGCCCCCGCGCCGGCGCCAUGUCAAAGAAGAAAGGAUUGAGUGCAGAAGAAAAGAGAACUCGCAUGAUGGAAAUAUUUUUUGAAACAAAAGAUGUAUUUCAGUUAAAAGACUUGGAGAAGAUCGCUCCCAAAGAGAAAGGCGUUACUUCUAUGUCAGUAAAAGAAGUGACUUCAAAGCUUAUGGUUGACUGUGAGAGGAUCGGAACUUCUAAUUAUUAUUGGGCUUUUCCAAGUAAAGCUAUUCAUGCAAGGAAACGUAAGUUGGAGGCUCUGGAAUCUCAGUUGUCUGAGGGAAGCCAAAAGCAUGCAAGCCUACAGAAAAGCAUUGAAAAAGCUAAAAUUGGCAGAUGUGAAACGGAAGAGCGAAACGCUAGCAAAACGGAAGAGCGAAACGCUAGCAAAAGAACUUUCUUCACUUUGAGACCAAAGGGAACAGCUAAAGGCAGAAGUAGAAAAAUACAAAGAUGUGACCCACAAGUCGUGGAAGAAAUACGCCAAGCAAAUAAAGUAGCCAAAGAAGCUGCUAACAGAUGGACUGAUAACGUAUUUGCAAUAAAAUCUUGGGCCAAAAGAGAAUUUGGGUUUGAAGAAAAUAAAAUUGAUAAAACUUUUGGAAUUCCAGAAGACUUUGACUACAUAGACUAAAAUAUUCUAUGGCGGUGAAGAAUGUAAAUUUUAAACUAUUAUCUAAAGUGUACUGAAUUGUCAUUUGCCUAUAACUGUAUGUACUCUUUUAUUAAUGUUAAAGUGUAAAAUGCAAAAAAAAAAAAAACCCAUCAUGAUGUUAAAUGCAGGUUUUCAUAUGUGGCCUCUAAUGUGUUGAAGUACAU